CCCACCAUCCCGACCACAACUGAUCUUCCCUGGACACCAUGAACCACGCUGUCCAAACCGUCUUCACUCCCGCCAACACCAGCCACCCCCUCAACUAUGAAAUGCUCAAGGAGGAGCAUGAAGUGGCUGUGCUGAGGGUGCCCCACAACCCUGCUCCCCCGACAUCCACCGUGAUCCACAUCCACAGUGAGACCACUGUGCCCAACCAUGUCGUCUGGUCCCUGUUCAACACCCUCUUCAUGAAUUGGUGCCACCUGGGCUUCAUAGCAUUCACCUACUCCGUGAAGUCUAGGGACAGGAAGAUGGUUGGCGACCUGACCGGGGUCCAGGCCUACGCCUCCACCGCAAAGUGCCUGAACGUUUGCACCCUCAUCCUGGGCAUCCAUGUGACCACAACACUCAUCAUCCUUUUCACCAGUAGUUCUAUGAUAAUAUUCCAAGCAAUUUCUCAAAUGAUAAAGAAUCUCCAAGGCCAGCAGUAGCGCCCAGGUACUCGCCGUCCAUUGCGGGCCCUGCACCCUGGGCCUGAGUUCUGUAUCAGCCCUUUAUUCUCACACACUUUUCUACAAUGGCAUUCAAUAAAGUGCACGUGUUCCUGGAAAAAAGAAGGAAAGAAAGAAAUGCAGCUGUUCAGUCCUCCACAUUCAGCCCAGAGGUCUUUAUACUCUGAACCCACUUCAGCCAGACUUUUAUCCCUGCCACUUUGCUGAAACUGUUCUUAUCAAGGUCAAAACUUUGCCUAAUCCACUGGUCAAUUCUCAAGCCUUAUCUUACUUAAAGUUCUCAGUAGGAUUUGAUACGAUUAAUCCCUUCUCCUUGAAGCCCUCUCUGUCUUUCCUGCUGUCUCGGUAUCUUUUUCUGGCAUCUCUUUCUUACCUCUAACUGUUGUGUGCCCUUGGGCUCAGUUCUUUUCUUUCUUCUCUACUUAUAUUCUCUUGGGUGACAUGCGGUCAUGUGGGUUUAAAUACCAUCUAUUUGCCAAUAUCUAUUGGCUGUCCAUAUCCGUGGGUUUUGCGUAUAUGGAGUCAACCAACUGUGGAUCAAAAAUAUUCAGAAAAAAAAUGUGUUUGUACUGAA